UAUUUUUAUUUGUUUUAUUUAUGUUUGUAAUUUUGUUUGUUUUAUUAUGUUUGUUUUAUUAUGUUUGUUUUCUUUGGGCCCACAUUGAUCAGUAGCAACAGAAAACCUUUGACCAAAGCAGUUAUAAGUCACCUUCAAUGAAGGAUGCCAAAUCAAAUCAAAUCAAAUCAAUCAAUCAAUCAAUCAAUCAAUCAAUCAAUCAAUCAAUCAAUCAAUCAAUCAAUCAAUCAAUCAAUGGAUCAAUCGUUUCUUAAUUUUUUUCACUUUGUUUUCUUUGUUAUUUGUUAUGACUCAGACCACCAACAACUGACUCUUCUCCACAGGAUGUAGGAUCAGYGCUGAGCAGGAUUAAAGUCCACAAGGCUGCAGGUCCUGAUGGUAUCCCUGGACCUGUUCUCAGAUCAUGUUCUGRGGAGCUGACAGAUAUUUUCAGCCUGUCCUUGGCCCGUGCUGUGGUACUGACCUGCUUUGAAACCACCUCCAUCGUCCCAGUGCCCAAAAACUCCAACCCAUCAAGACUCAGUACUGCCCAGUAGCCUUCACCACCAUCAUCACAAAGUGCUUYGACCAGCUUGGUCCUGGUAGGUGGUCCUAGGUGGUCCUAGCACACCUCAAAUCCUGUCUACCACACUGGACCACCACCAAUUUGCAUACCACCAAAAACACCUCCAUCAGGACGCUGUUCAUAGACUCCAGUUCAUCAUUCAACACAGUCAUCCCCUCAACACAGACUCAGGCAUCAGUUCCCUCAUGUGCAGCUGGACUUUCUGACCUGUCGACCCCAACAUGUCCGGCUGGACAACCACUGCUCAUCUACCAUCACCAUAAACACUGGUGUACCACAAGGCUGUGUGAUGAGUCCCUUCAUCUACUCCCUUCUCACCCACGACUGCAAACCUGUCGAUGGUUCCAACAUCAUUGUCACGUUUGGAUAUGACACCACAGUGAUCGUCCCCAUCAAAGACAACAAUGACACCGCCUGUAGGUAUGAGGUGGAUCAUCUGUCUGAGUGGUGUGACACCAACAACCUGCUGCUCAACGCUGAUCAGACCAAGGAGCUCAUUGUGGACUUCAGGAGGAACACUGACCCACAUCCACCCGUCCACCUAAAGGGGACAGCAGUGGAGAGUGUGAACAGCUUCAAGUUCCUGGGCGUCCACAUCUCCGAGGAUCUCACCUGGACGACCGGCUGCUCCAUGCUGGUCAAGAAGACUCACCAGCGCCUCUUCUUCCUGAGGUCCCUGAGGAAGAACCACCUGUCCUCAGA